AUGUCGCAACCACCUUCACCAGCUCCAGCUCCAGCUCCAGCUCCUCGCGAUGAAGAUCCACCGAAAUUUUCCAUACCUCCUCGCCGCAGUCACACCUUUCCAGAGCAGCCGUAUCAACAACAAGAUGAUUCAUCCCAACCAGCACGGGCGCCGUCGUGGCCCCGGGAACCACCUCAGCCCACCUACCCUCCAUCAUCCGGAUACAACCCUUAUAUGAUGCCUUAUUCGGUCCCGCACUAUCCCGUUCCUCAAUCAACAGCCGCCUAUCCUCCAGUAUCCGGCCCUCACGGCCCAGGACGGGCAGCUCAACAUGCCCAUUUUGAGCCAUACAACGAGGACAUCCAAUCAGCUCAGCAGGGUCCAUCACCCGUACCCUUGGUUGCUCCCUACGACACCUGGGCAACCCCUCCAGGCGGCUUCUACGGACCUGGAGAUACCUUCUCUCGUCCCGCCUAUCAGCCUGUCAGGAGAAACCUUAGACGCUCAGCAUCCCCAACACCUGCCUCUUCUCCCACCGGACACAACCAGAAGCGUCGGCACAAGACCGUCAAGUUCGAGAAGGACAGCGAUGACGGUGUCCUCGAUGAUAUCGAUGAGUACUCGCCGGUGCCCCUAUCGCGGGAACAAAUGAAACAAAAGAUACAGAAGUUACAAAAGAUACAACGACAACUUGCGGAUACUGCCAAGACCUUGUCACAACAUGAGGAACACGAUGACUCGGAUCAGGAUGGGAGCGACGAGUCACGAUCCAAUUCCACCGUAGAUGGUGCCUACAGGUCUAUCAGGGGAGCCUCGACUGUCAGGAGUUAUGGGUCUUCAAAAUUCCGGACUACGCCGGCCCUAGUCACGGAAGAGUCUGGGUCUUCUGCUUACUCCUUCGCUGCGUCUUUCCGGGCAGCAAGAGCGGCAUCGAUUGGAGGCUCAGCAGACGGGGAGCAGAGCGAGGAUGUGGAUGUAACACCGAGCCAACCAUUACCAAAGGACGAUCAGAAUCCAGAAGUAGCCCACAUUCUUGCUUCGUCGUAUACUGGCGAAGGAUACACGGCUGCCGAAGGCCACCACUCAGCUGACUUGCUGAUGGCUGCAAACCCAGCCCAGCUACGGCAUCUUCAGCCACUGUAUCGUUGGAUGCAUCUCACUCGACCCUCAAUGUCCUUGGAGGACCUUUCGAACCAGAUCGCACGCCUCUCCGUCCUGACCGGCACUGAACGGAAGGCUGUCAACGAUAUCCUCUUUCGUCUCAAACAGUCAUCUGUCAAGUUGAUUCAGACCUUGAGCGGCAAGCCUGUACAGCACAUGGAACCGGGCUGUUUCGAUUACGCUUUACCCCACGAUAGCGGUGUUGGUGGAAAAACGCGUACUACCCGGGGCGUGACCUGGCUUUGCCUGCCAUACUUCAGCCUCGAGCCAUACUCUGGCCUCCUGUCUGGUACCGAAAACUCAUCAAUGUUUCCAAUCCAAACCUUACUCCAGGCCCAAUUCUCUCGGGCUGCCAAAGAACGCGACAUGCAACAAGCAGUACGACAAGUUGCCAAGGCUGGCCCAGGUCUCUGCUUUCACAUUUCGCAGCUUUGGUGCAUCAUCAUAAACAACACAUUUGUUAUCACGUACGGCAGAAUGUCAGAGGAUGUGCUACGUGGCAACUCCAUUACGAAGUUGGUCAAAGCCGUGAGCAGUCUUUCCGAGGAGCAAUCCCAGCAAAAGUUCUGGAUCCGAUUCGGGGGCAAUGUUAUGUGGACUUUGGCGGUAAAGGAUUGCAUGACUUGGUUUGACUUCGUUUCCCAUUUCUGGGAGUUCUGGCAUCUGCCCCUCUGCUUCUACCGUAACAAGCGUCUCGUCAGCCCGGAGGACUGGCCGAAAAUCUGGGCUUCAGCAAGUCAGAAGCACUCGCAUACAAUUUCCUUUGAUCUUGAGCUUGGGCCGACGCCUAAGCUUCCGACACCUGGGAGACUCGUGCCAAUCGAGCCGCAAUCCCAGCAGACUGAGGCGACGGAAACAGAUGAACCCAAAAACAGCAAAGCGACUAGCUCCAAGAAAGAAACCGUGGAUGAUAAGGCAAGGAGGACCAAAGACCUACGACCCCCUACGCCAAAGUCAACAACAACACCCAGUUCCCCAAAAGCCUCUGAGCAACACCCCACUUCCUCUUUUGCACUUUUCACAUGCCUCGAUGACGUCCCGCUGUCCACCGAGAAAAGCAUUGACGAAGCCAAACUCGACGAGCGUCUUAAUGAGAUAGAAACAAUCCUGUUGCACGAGACGAGUGUCAGUGACCAACGUGCAUACAAGCGCUGCCCAACUUCGAACCGCCUCUCGAUCUAUCAUAUGCUUCAAAAGGAGGAGCUUGAAAUAGUCCACCCUGAAAAGAGGAUACGCUCAUCCAACCCCCAGGAUUACGAAAUAAGGGCCGACAUAUUCAACUUGGCCGACAUGAUCUUCAGGUUCUUCCUUCCUGUCACAACCGAAACUCCCAUGGCAUCCAAGUUUUGGGGUGCUGUGGAUAAUCAAGUCAAGCAGAAUGAUGAGGGCGUGGCCGAUGAUCGAUACCAAUUACGAGCUGUGCUCAAGGAGCUUGCAGGCAUGAUACUCUACUUCACGGAGACAUUUGUGCAUGCGCAACAUGCGGAUCGUGUUCAGAUCCACGUACCUGACCAACUCAUUGAUGGCUGGCUCCAUCUUCUUCUAGGACUCUCGUACAUGUCAUCGGAUCCGGAGAGAGCAUCAAGCUUCCUGGAUUUUCAUGCUAAGCCUCUUAUAAGCCAGGGUCUCAAUGCCAUUGUUAAAGACAUGGCUAAGAAGCCCCUUUUUGAGAAGUCCAUCAUUCUUCCCCAAGAGCUGGUCUCAUUGAUGAGUAUGAAGCUUCUCACGGACGUUACUCCUGGGUUACCGAACAUCAGCCAGACAUACUCUGCGUACUUGAGUGCCAUUGAAGCGGAUAUCACCGGCAAGCAAUCCGACCGAUCACACGAACAGCGACUCGACCUACUUGAUCAAGAGCUCUCUGUAGUACAGAGUACCCUCAGGUCGCAACGUGACAUCUUCGAGCGUUUGGAAAGAUAUAGCCAACAGUCUGCUUACAAAAUGCCAGCGUCGGCCCGUUCCCGGGUGGGAGUCAUACCAGUACCACCAAACGCGGGAUACUACUCAGGAGCCCCGCGAAAUGCUCCAGGGAUGGUGCCAAAUAUGCAUAGGCAGUACGAUCAUGGCUACGAUCAAGGGCGAUUGAAGUCGGCACACGGCUAUGGCAAGCAGGGCUAUGGACAUUACCCCGAGCCUCCACCUUUCUACGUGGAAGAUGUCUCUGGCUCCAUGGCAGAUGAAUCGAAGCAGCUCUCUGCACGAGAUCCGGGCGGCUUCCGUCAACUGUUCCUCAACGAGUGUAUCCUGCAACUUGACCAACGCGAGCGGGAAUUUGAGGAGUACGAGCUUCACUCCAAUCACUUGAGGGUCAUGAAUCGUAACAAAGUGGACGUCAAGAAGGAUCGGCAAGAACGCCUCAUAUACGCCUUCACGGUAGUCACCAUUAUCUUCCUGCCUCUCUCGGCCGUCUCGAGCAUCUUUGGCAUGAACACCAGUGACAUCCGCGACAUGGAAGUUGGGCAAUGGGCUUAUUGGGCCGUUGCAAUUCCAGUCACCGCAGCCGUUCUCUUCCUCGGAUUUCUCUUCACCGGCGAUCUUGGAGCAGUCUUCCGUUGGGUAUCCAGGUUCAGUGGACAUGGCAUGUCGGCUCUGCCGGGCGCAAGCUUCCAGGGCGAGCUACCUUCUUUGUCUGUUGGUGAAAAAUGGCGAAUGGAGAAACGAGCUCAUAUGGGUUUGGGGAGCGGCCCAGGUAAGGAUAACUACGGAUCGGAGAGUGAGUAUGGGAUGCCGAGACGGUCCGAGAACCUUCGGCGGAGGUCCUCGUACACUCCGUAUGAGAGAGAGAAAUGGGGCCUGCCUUAUUGA